AACAGUUUACCUGAACCAUUUCUCCACCUUGAUACCUUACAGCCCAGCACAUCGGCUCUCUCUUCUCCCUACCCAACCUACAGACAGGCCACUCUGGACCCGUGGAGCAUCCCUCGGUUUGGAAGCAAUGGGGGAGGGUCUGACUUUGCUGCCCCUCGGAGUGCGACGACGAUCAACGACGGGGCUGCAUCGAGUUUGGUGGGGUUGGGGUUGCUGGGCGAGUGGUGGAAGAUGCAAGAAACUGUGGAUGUGACUAUCCAAGGGCAGCAGGGGUUCAUCCUGAAUCGGUAUACGGUGUAUGAAAUCACCACUGAACAUGGCACACCUGUUCACCGUCGGUAUUCAGAAUUUUCGUUUUUAUGGGACUGCUUGGUGUGACAAUACCCCUUCCGUCUGUUACCUGCCCUUCCGCCCAAGUGUG